AUGUCUCUCCCUAACACAUAUCCCGAACACUAUGAAAUUAACAAAGAAUCUAAGUACUAUAGAAAUCUUAUUCCUAGACCAUUAUUUGAGGAAUACUUUAAUAAUAUUAAGAAGUUAAGUAUUGAUUUUUUAUGUAAAUUAGAUCCAAGUCAUGCAGAAUUAUACAAAUCAUUUGUUCCAGAAAUAGAUAACUUUGUUAAUCAACCAUUUUUUAAAGAGUCUAUGUAUGAAAUGUUUGCUGGAUGUGAAGACCAGACAAGUGUUCCCUUUAAAACAACAAUGAGAAGUUCUGUUGCUAAGAUGGCAGCUCUUAUAAAGUAUAAUUUAGAACUAAAAAUAGAUAAAGAAAAUAUUGAGAAGAUUAAAAUUAAAAAACCAAUUUAUAUUGUUUCACUUCCAAGAAGUGGUUCUACAUUUACUCAUGCAGUUCUUGCUUGUGACCCUUGUGCAAAAACAAUUAAAUUAUAUGAACACCUUUCUCCUGGUCAUAAAACAAUGACAUAUGAAGGAAGAGUUGGAUUCUGUAAUUCAAUCAUUGGUCAAAUUAACUCUAGUUCUAAGGACUUUUGUAAAUGUCAUGCUAUGGACAAUGCAAAUGCACCAGAAGAAGAAUUAUUCUUUAUGGAACUUCUUGAACAUACAAUAUGUUUUGGAACUUCAAUGCCUAGAUGGGAACAAUAUAGAAAAUCAUCAUAUGAAAGAGAUUUCUCAAAUGUCUAUGAGGCUGUGUUAAAUGAAAUGAGAAUGUCUGCAGUAGAGUUUCCACUUCCAGAAAAUGGACACUUCUUGAUGAAAUGUGUUUCUCAUUUUAUGACUAUGGUACCAUUUUUUAAUAUUAUGUGUGCUGAUGAAAUUGAAGCUAGAAUUGUGUGGAUUCAUAGAGAACCUGUUGAAGAAAUUAAGUCUGCAUUUUAUUUACUUGAUAAUGCUAGAGCUAGAUAUCUUGGAGAUCUUGGAUGUGAUGAUCCAAAAUGGUUACAUGAGAGUAUUAUUAAAAUGCAUAAUAUUGCAUUAAAAAAUGCUGUUUCAACAAGAGAGAAAUGGAUUGCUGAAAACCCUGAAAGGGAAAAACAGAUUUGUGAUAUUGGGUUCAAUGAAAUGAUUGCUGAUCCAGUUAGUGUUUCAAGAAGAAUAUAUGAAAAGUUUGAUAUGCCAUUUACUGAUGAAUUAGCUCAAAGAAUUAAAGAUAUGGUUACAAAUAAUGAUCCCCAAAAGAAACAUGGAAGAAAAGAAAAGAAAGAUGAGGAAUUUACUGUUCCAGAUAAUGUUGUAAGAGAACAAUACAAAUGGUAUUUUGAUAAAUUUGGAAAGUAUAUGCCAAAUUAUUGGGGAAAAAAAUAA